UCCUAAGUUGAAUAUAGCAAAAUUUUGUUAUAUACUUUUGAUAUUGCAACACCUUAUCAGCACAGGAUUUACCCAACAAGUUUCAUGCUUCGCGAGAAAGUAGACGCUGCGCGUUUUACCUCCCUCAAGUUAUUUAUAUUGGUUUCUUUGUUUGGUCUUGCGCAUGAGAUCAAAGCCAAACCGGACGCUGAGCUGGUUAUCCUUGGUUACAAGAAGAACUGCUUGGGCUGCAUCAACGUCGGCGACCUGGUGACCGUCCAGGGCUACUUCCGCCCCAACGAGGAGCUGAGUAGCCUCUCUGUCGGCUGCUACAACAUCUUCGUUGACUUCUGCGAGCAAGCGGACGAGUACGUCUGCCUGCUCAAUGGCACGUGGAACGUGUACUGCAGCAUUGAGUAUGAACAAUGUUACAAGCUGAAGUGUCUAGAACGAGUGACUGAGCUGUGUGGGUGUCAAGUGGGUGAACCCGCCCACAACAUACUCAUCCAGUCCCAGACCUGGUACACCCAAGGCUACAGAAAAUACUUGUUCCGGUUGCGGUUGGCCAAGGGUGAUGGGAAGUUUGAUAGACGAACAACAUUCAAACUCAGCAAUAUCUUUCAUUUUGAAGAAAUAUAUAAGAACAAUUAUUUAACAGAUGCAUCAACAAAUAAUGUCAAGAUUUUAACAGGUUCGUAUAUGAUUAUAACGCUGACUGCUGCACAUUUGUUCAGUGUUAUGUUGUAG